CUCUCACCGUAUAUAUUUAUUUUUGUAUUGUCAAUUGUGCGUCUUCUCUCUCACUCUCCUAAACCCCUCUUGUUGUCUCUCUCUAUUCUUCUCUUUCUCACUCUAAAACCUUCAAUUCCAAAGCAAUCUUGGUACGCCAUACGCUUUCUACUUCGACGGGACCGAAUGAUUCAUUGCUUGGAGUUCCAGGUCUCGUAGAAUUUCUUGCAAAUUCUACCACAUUGAGGCUGAUUGGGAAACAUACCUCACAUGCGUUUUGCUUCAUCUGCACAACUGUACCUGUAGUUUUUCUGGGUUCCGUGAGAAAUGAGAGAGGGGCUGAGAUCGCGGGCGCGAUUGGGGGCGGUUUCUGGAGGCGAAGAAGUUGUUAGCAAGAGAAAAGUUGUUGUGAAGAGCGAGGCUGUUGCUAAGGAUGGUGAGGGUUUGGAGGUGCAGAACUCAACGAUUGAGAAGAAGGAUGAAGUUGCACGUGAUGUUAAAGAAGAAUGUGGCUUUGAUUUGAAUGUGAGUGCAAGUGGAGAGGUUGACUUGGAAGAGAAUGGGAGUGGUAGGGGUUGUUUUAGUGGUGGGGGUGAUAUUGUAGUAGCUGAGGUAGAUAAGAAGGCAAAGAAGGAGCAAGGUUCAAAUAACGAGGGACUGGUUGGGGGUCGAGUGUUGCGCUCAAGGUCUAAGGGGGGGAAGGAUAGAAGAGUGUAUUAUGGAGAGAAUGAGGAUGUUGUUUCUGAGAGUGAUAGAGAAUGUAGUGGGGUUGAGAGUGUGAAAGUUAAGACGGAAUGUGAAGAAGCUGGUGAGUUUUUGGGCGAUAGUUAUGAGAAUGAUAAAGCUAAGGUGAAGAAUGCAGGGAAUGGAACGGGGAAUUUGAAACGGAAGCGUGGGCGGCCUCCCAAAAUAAAGUUGGAAGUGGAAGAUCAACCAGUUCAUCAGUUGCCACGUAAGCGUGGAAGACCCCCUCUUGCCAGCAAACAAAACCAUGUGGUGGUGCCUAAUAGAAAAGAAAAGGCUGCCCUUCGAAAAGAUAAAAAGGGUUUAACUAUGAGACAUGAUGCUAAUGUGAAUGCAAUUGAUGAUGCAGAUUCAAGUAAAUCUGCUGGGGAUGAGUUAGAAAAGAAGGAAGUCUCUCCUGUCAAGAAGUCUAAAUUUACUAAGGCUUUGGAAACUGGCAACAAUGUGGUGGCCUCACCAGUAAGAUCAAAAACUGAGAAUGCACUUGUCACUGAGAAAAGUGGAAGAAAUAGAGUUAAGCAGUUAGUGAGGGAUCAAAUAAAGGAAAUUCUCUCAGCUGCCGGCUGGACAGUUGACUAUAGACCUAGGAAUGGUAGAGAGUACCAUGAUGCAGUUUAUGUUAGUCUGGACGGACACACACACUGGUCAAUCACCUUGGCCUACAAAAGGCUUAAAGAGUAUUAUGAAGCUGGUAAUGGUGAAGGUAAGGCAUAUGGGCCAGGCUUCAAAUUUACACCAAUAGCAGCAGAGGAUUUCCAAAUACUCACUAAGGUAAUUAAAAAGCAAAGAAACGGGAAAGUUAAAUCAGUAAAGAAAGGGGGAAAGGGUGGGAACAAAAACAAAGAAAGGUCAGGUUCUGGUGCAGCCGUGGGUAAGUCAGUGAAGAGGAAAAUGAAAAGGAAACGGUCACCUGGAGACAUAGAUUCUAUGUCACCGAACAGGAUGCCAGUUCUUGUGAGGGAUCAUAAGCGACACAAAACACAAAAUAAGCUGCGAAGUGGUCCAUUGGUUCGUAAUGCUAAGGAGAUAGAUUCAGAAACUGAGGGAUAUGUACUGUACAGUGGAAAAAGAACUUUGCUUGCCUGGAUGAUUGAUUUGGGCACAGUCCUUCUAAAUGGGAAGGUUCAUUAUAAGGCACCCGAAGAUAAAAGUGCAGCACUGGAGGGUAAGAUCACAGGAGACGGCAUUCAUUGUGGCUGCUGUGAUAAAAUCAUUACAAUUUCAGAAUUUGAAGUUCAUGCAGGAAGAAAAUUUGCUGAUCCCCUUCAAAAUAUAUAUGUGGAGGAAGGAAAGUCUCUUUUACAGUGUUUGCUAGAUUCGUGGAAUAAGCAAGAUGAAUCUGAACGUCAUGGUUUUCAUUUUGUUGAUGUUGCGGGUGAGGAUCCGAAUGAUGAUACUUGUGGGGUCUGUGGAGAUGGUGGAGACCUGAUAUGUUGUGAUGGUUGCCCGUCAACAUUCCAUCAAGACUGCUUGGAUAUACAAAAGUUUCCAUCUGGUGAUUGGCACUGCAUUUAUUGCUGUUGCAAAUUUUGUGGGUCAGUUAAUGGAUGUUCAGACCAAAAGGAUAGUGAUGAUGAUAUUGCUGUGUCAAAAUUACUCACGUGCCGACUAUGUGAGAAAAAAUAUCACAGAUCCUGCAUUGAGGCAAAUGAUUGCAAUACUACUGAUUACAGUGAUGUGAUCUUUUGUGGAAACAGAUGUCAAGAGUUAUCUGAGGGACUUGAAAUGCUCCUGGGGGUUAGACAUGAAAUUGAAGAUGGGUAUUCCUGGACUUUUAUUAGGCGGUCAGAGGCUGGCAUUGAUGCUUCUCAGAUAAAACCUCAUAUGGUUGAAUGUAAUUCUAAGCUCGCUGUUGCAUUAUCAAUAAUGGAUGAGUGCUUCAUGCCAUAUAUUGAUCAUAGAAGUGGGGUCAAUCUGAUCCACAGUAUUCUGUAUAACCGUGGGUCAAAUUUCAAUCGACUGAACUAUAGUGGAUUUGUUACUGCAAUUCUAGAGAGAGGUGAUGAGAUGAUUUGUGCUGCAACUAUCAGGAUCCAUGGGAACCAACUAGCAGAGAUGCCAUUUAUUGGAACCCGCUAUAUGUACAGGCGACAAGGAAUGUGCCGUAGGCUUCUAAAUGCCAUUGAAUUGGGACUCAGCUCUUUAAAUGUUGAGUUAUUAGUGAUACCAGCUAUCUCAGAGCUCAGAGAAACUUGGACUUCCGUUUUUGGGUUUGAGCCACUUGAAUCAACAGUCAAGCAAACCGUACAUAAUACAAAUCUAUUGGUAUUUCCUCAUGUAGAUAUGUUACAGAAGAAGAUAUCAAAACAUGAAUUGGCCGGUCAUAAUCCAAUUCCUUCAGAAGCUGUCAAUCUUGGAACCAAUCAAAUAGCAAACAAUUGCAAUGGAGUGCGAUCAUCUGGAUCUGAUUUGGUCAAUUAUAUUGAGAUUCCUCGCUGCCUUAAUACAUGCCAAAUAAAGGACGAAGCCACAUCUAUUGAAUCUGAUUGUCAUCUUCCUGAGGGUUCAUUGAAUAAUGUACCUGACAUUGCUAGCAACAUUAAUGAUUAUAGGCAAUCUACUAAAGAUGAGACAUGUGAAGUUGUUUGUCACAAAGGUGAUGAGAAUCCAGUGAUGGACAACACUAUGAAAAAUGCCUGCGAAUAUGUGACUGAUACUUGUGGUGUAGCUGGAGAUAGCCAGUUGAACAAUGGCACGGUUCCUUACGAGGAAAGACUGUGUCUCACAUCUUGUAUUAACACUGAGGCUCCAGAAGGACAAUGUGUCAGUGUUUCGUUGGAGGUUGCUGAAAACUUACCUAAUCAUGUCGCAGUAUCAAAUGAAGUUAUGUCAAAUAACAAAAGUGCGGAAGACUCAGAACCCUGCGGUACAGAAAGUAUUACAAGGGAUUCAAAACUUUCUGCUGACUCUAUUCACAAGGAUUCAUAUAUAGUUUCUGACAGUUGUGAACGGAGAAGUGACACUGAUUGUGGUCAACCAAAUUUCAUAGGAACAGAAGAACAACGUGGUGAAUUUAUUAGUGUUUGUGGUUCUCAUGGUAGACCCAAUGGUGAUUGUGCCUCUGGUGAAGGUGCUGCCGCCACUAACUUGUUGUUGCACCUUCCAUCACAUGACGUGACCAAUAACAAGCCUUGGGUGAAAGGGUCUUCAGAGUUACCUGAGCCUGAUUUGCAGGUGGAUCAAACUGAACAGAACAGUGCUCCCUCCCCAUGGAGCCCUAACACCUGUGCAUCUACUGGCAGUGCUUCUCGUGGUAGUACUGAGGGGAUAUUUUUGUCAAACCAAGCCAGUUGAUUUGUGGCUCCAUUUGUAGUUAUAAGUAGGUUAUAUUUGGAGGUAUUCACUAACAAAGGGAAUCUAGCAAUGCAAUCUGGAAGGGGUAGUAAAACCCCUGAUCUUUGUACUUAAGGAUGAACGACAAUGUAUGUGUAUUUUGAAGUAUCCUGGCCGAUAGAAUAGGGUGAUGUUAACUUGGAGUAAUUCCUGUUUCUCAAAAAUCUUAAAUUAGGAAUGUUAGAUUCCCUUCUUCAGUA